AAAGAAAAACGAGUUGAAGGUGGCGGCCACGUGUCAUGAUAAUAGAAAAAGCCGUUUGAAAUCUUCCUGGUCUCUAAUCAUUCCGACGAUGUCUUCCGUUUGGAGUAUUUUCGCUCUUCUACUCUUUUGUCCAGCCUUGGGCUUCGAUCUGCAGAUCUUACACACGAACGACCUGCACUCGCGUUUCGGCGAGAUCAACGAGAACACCCGUGACUGCAAGGCGGACCAGAAGUGCUUCGGAGGUUUCGCACGUAUCGCACACUACUUCAAGUCGCACCGCAAAAACAACACCCUCAUUUUGAACGCCGGCGACAGCUUUCAAGGGACGCCGCUUUUCGUCGCUUUCGGCUCCGAGAUCGUCGAGAAGAUGGUAAACUUCCUCGAAAUGGACGCCAUGAGUUUAGGAAACCACGAGUUUGAUCGAGGGCCCAAGGUUCUAAAGGAAUAUAUUGACAAAGUGAAGACCCCUGUCGUGACUUGUAACGUGGACGGUUCUAGCGACACAGACUUCGCCGAAUCAAAGCUAAAAAAAUCUAUAGUUAAAACUGUCGGGAAAGUUAAAGUGGGCAUCGUCGGUUACGUCAUUAAAGAAGUCAAGGAGAUGUCCAGAGUCGGUAAUAUUACGAUAACAGAUGAGAUCGAAUGCAUUACGCAACAAGCUAAGAAAUUGAAGGAGGAUGAAAAGGUAAAUAUUGUGAUAGCAGUCGGCCACUCUGGUUGGACUAAAGAUCUCGAAAUAGCGAAAAAAGUGGAACAAGUGGACGUCGUCGUCGGAGGGCAUACGGACACUUUUCUUUAUACAGGUACUCCCCCCAGCAUAGAAAAGGUAGAGGGGCCUUAUCCGACCCUUGUAAACCAGUCAUCGGGAAAGCAGGUGCCGGCCGUUCAGGCGUUCGGCUACACAAAGUACGUCGGUGAACUGAAUCUUAGCUUUGACGACAACACUUACAAACUGACCAACGCGUCCGGAAACCCAGUUCUCAUUACGGCGGAUAUGGAAAAGAACGAGAAUGUGACGAAAGUUUUGGAGGAAUUUAAAGAGAAACUGAGCAAAAUUUACCAACAACCAGUCUGCCAGACUUUAGUUGAUCUGAAUGGCUCUUGCAAAAGUAAGGAGUGUAACAUGGGCAAUAUUUUUACUAAAGCGACAUCUGAAUUUGUCGAAAAAGAGUCCAACAGUACUAGCGACGAGUUUAAAAUGAUUGGUCUAGUAAACGGAGGAAACAUCAGGACUUCCCUCAGUAAAUCAUCGCUCGAAAACAACACAAUUACUUUUGGAGAUUUGGCAACCGUUUUGCCUUAUCCUAACUAUUUAAUGCAAGUAAGGAUGAACGGUUCUCUUUUAAUGGAUUUUCUUAACAUCUCCUACCAUAAAAUAUCACUAGGAGGGUUUUUACAAAUGUCCCAAAUGAAAGUCACCUAUUUCCACAAUAAUAAGACGGCUGAAGCUUUUGUGUUGAAAAAGACCGGUGAGAUGGAAAAAGUGGAUUGUAAAAAAAAGUACGAUGUGGUUGUCACCGAUUAUCUCUAUACAGGUGACGGGUAUGACUUCCGCAAAGGGGAAUUAAUUAACACAUUCAAUAAACCUGCACUGAAUGUUGUAGAGGAGUGGAUGAAAAAUAAUGCACCAAUCAAUGUCACGGAGAUGGACACAAUCGUUUUCUACGACGAUUGUAGCCCGUUCUAUCCUAAGUAGCGUGCUUUUUUGUAUUUUUGGCAUCGGCCCUAAGUCAAAGUCACAUCGCUAUGAUUUUCGGAGGAAUUCUCCCCAAACCCCGCAAGAGGAGGCCUCACCACUGCACAACAAAUUUUCAUUUGUAAUUCAUAGAUGCAACAGAAGAAAAUAUAGAACGUUUUUAUUUAAAAAUGCUA